UGAGGUUGAGAGGUUGUGAAAUCGUGAGCAACGUGAGGGUAGCUGAAUCCUCACGGUCGAUAGUUUGCUGGAUGUUGGGUGGCUGGUUUGUAAAUCACUUCAGUCCUAAUUGAUGGAAGAACUGAUGGUAAGAUAGAUCUCAAAUGAACUUAGCGGGUGAUAUUACUUACAGAAGGAACGGUAGUAACAAUAAGGCAAGACAUGUAGACUAUAAUUAUUGAAACCUACCACUUAUGUCUGACUCAAAACAAUGUACUGUAGCCUAUCUACGAUGAAGCAGAGUAGGCUAGGCUAUAACUCGUUCUAUCAUUGAUAACGGACAGGUGGGAAUUAGGCUAUUAUGCAUUUUUAAGUAUAUUUUCACGGUCUUAUCGUUUUCCAAGUUGUCAUUCAUAUCAUUAACCAGCACAGUCGCAUGUUAUAAGCAAGUAAUAACGCAAUGUCAUGCAAAUCUCAAGCUUUGCGCAAAAUGUUAGGCUCUUCAAAGUAAUACCCUAACAGUUGAGUACCCUAUACACCCCUUCCCUCACAUUAUUUUUGCUCUAGGUUAACGACAGAGGCAUUGUGACUGAGAUUAAACUGAAGUUAAUCCUGUAGAAACAUUCCUGGCUAUGUCUUUUGUACUUUGACAUGUCAUGUUAUUUUUGUGCCAGCUGUGUCCUAGCCAUCAUGUGCUGUUCAUUUGCCUUGUAGUGCUAACUGCUAUACUUUCUCAGCAUACACUUUCCAGGUAAAAGACAAAAAAGAAUGGAGAAAAGACAAGCAGAUUCAACAGUGACGGAUAAUGUUAAAGACUGUCUUGAACUUUUAGAGAUUGUAAAUGAUGUCAAACCUACACAAAACACAGAGGUCUGUAGACAGCAAGAGGCCCAGUUGCUGAGAGAACCAUGGCAGCACCCACUGCUGUCCCCUUACCCUGUGGAGGAGUUUGAGUUGCCCACUAGUCUACAGCUCCAGGAGCUACCUCUGUUUCCACAGUGGCACCUGCCUCUCAAGGUCAUGACCUCCCUGAUGGUUUCCACAUUCCUCUACACGCUUCUGAGGGACGUCCUGCAACCUCUGGUAACCCAAAGCCGGAAUGACUCCUACAAGAUUCCCAUUCUGGUGAUGAACAAGGUGCUGCCGUGGACCUCCAUCACCCUGCUGGCCACAGUGUAUCUUCCUGGCGUGUUGGCGGCCAUCUUGCAACUGUGCAGAGGCACUAAGUACGGUCACUUCCCGGGCUGGUUGGAGAAGUGGAUGUGUGUGAGGAAGCAGCUGGGCCUACUGUCCUUCCUGCUGGCCGCACUCCAUGCCAUCUACAGCCUCAGCUACCCCAUGAGGCGCUCCUACAGGUACAAGCUCCUCAACUGGGCCUACCAGCAGGUACAGCAGAAUAAGGAUGAUGCAUGGGUAGAAGAUGAUGUUUGGAGGAUGGAGAUCUAUGUCUCUCUUGGAAUUCUGGGACUUGGAGUCCUAGCAGUAAUUGCUAUGUCCUCUUUACCAUCUGUCAGCGAGUCUUUCAACUGGAGAGAGUUCCAAUGCAUUCAGAGAACUCUGGGAUAUCUUGCUCUGCUCUUGUGCACAACUCACGCGCUGGUCUUUGGUUGGCGUAAGUGGGUGGAGCCAAAGCAUUAUGUCUGGUACACGCCACCAUCCUUUAUCUUAGCCUCUGUCCUUCCUGCUGCUGUGUUACUGGUCAAGAUGGUGCUGUCACUGCCAUGUCUGGACCGAAGGCUGGAGCAGAUUCGCCGAGGCUGGGAAAGGCCACACUCCCAGUGAAAGGGUGAGAGGGGAAAGGACAUUAUGUAGCUGCCAGAAGGAUGGACAUCAUACCAUGGGCAAUAUCUUCAGCUAAAAGGAAUGAAUCAGUAUAGUGUAUGUUCCCUAUGGGACCCUGUAACAUGAUGAUGCUUGGUUAUGGUUAUGGUUAUGGUUAUGAGAUUUGGCCACUUUUGUCCAAAGCAACUUAUGCACUAUAAGAGACAUACUCUAAUAAUGAAAUGAUCCAUGGAGUGAAAAGGUGUUGAGACAUUAUAGUGGGGAGACUCUUCCCCUUUUGUAAAGAACAACAUGUAGUAUUCAAAUACGUUGCUGAUUAUACUCAGACAUGUAUGAUCAGCAGCAUAUUUGAAGACUGCACAAUUCCCCAAAGCUGUUAUUAUCUGUUAAAUAACUAUGAAACACAGCAUAAUUGCAGUGUCAUACUGACAAAGACUUGAAAAUAGUGCCUGUCCCUGUGUUAACUCUCAAGUUUGUGACUACUUUAUUUAUAUGAAAGGUGACUUGUGAAAAUUUAAUUUCAGCAUGUGCUGUAUCUGGGUAUGUGAGCUACCAGUGCAAAAACACUGAAAUAACAAAACCCAGUUUAUGGGCCGCGAAUGUUUGGAAACAUGUGAUUCAGUGAGAUCAGAAUGAGGCAUUCAGAACUCUUCCCUUCAUAGACCUACCUUAUAGACCUAGGCCUACAAAAAAGCUGCCAUCUUUGAGAUCCGGUAUCCGAUUUUUCCUAUGGGAAAAUAACAUGGGGAUUUUUUAAUGAUCGCACCUGUGUGGGGACGAAAAAGUCUGAAAUGCAGUACGUUUUCCUGAACACACUUUUGUCCUCUGCCUUCGAGUGGAUACUGUGAUCUCCAGUACAUGAAGGCGGCACACUUUGAUUUUUGUUAGCCCAGAGCUAACUUGCUAACUAACUUAAUGGGAAGUUGCUUCGCAAGUUAGCUCUGGGGUAGCAAAAAUAAAAGUGUGCCACCUUCACGUACCAGAGAUCACAGUAUCUACUCGAAGGCUGAGGACAAAAGUUUGUAGAGCAAAACGUUUGCAUUUUUGAUUUCUUUGUCCCCGCGAGAGUUUAACAGUGAUAAUUCCAAAUUCCCAUGUUAUUUUCCCAUAGGAAAAAUCUCAAGAUACCGGAUCUCCUUAUAUGGGCAAAGAUGUUUUUUUGUAGGCAAACUUCAGAGGUCUAUGAUGUGAAGAUGGUAAGCUUGUUGAAUAAAACCACUUCAAUGUUACCUAUCUGGACCAAGUCUCCGCUGACAACUGAAGAACGAAAGUGCUCGGGACCUGCUACCAAAAUGCAAAGCCAUCAUGCCAUAUGCUCAUGUUUGUAGAGGGACAGGCACACAAAUGGUGCACUUUGAACAGGACUCCUCAGACGUUGUGGUGCUGUUGAUAUUUUGACCAAACAAAGUAUGGUACAGGUGAUUAAGAUCUCAACAAACUAUUUAAAAUUGUGGAAAAGGUGGUGAGAUACAGUAUGUGAACUUGAAUGUUUAGAAUUAAUUUAUUCUAAAAAAGGUUUAAAUUCUGUAUUGCUAUUUGUAAAAACAUGUACAGUUCAUUCUGUAGUGCUGUUUGUAUAUUAUGUCAUGAACUGUUCUUUACCCUAGUUACAUUCGGUAAAAAUAAAUGACAUAUUUUUCAAUU